UUUAGUAUUGCUGAAACUUCUUACUAUCAUAAAGAAGCUGAUGUGGAGCGGUCAUCAACAACACCAAAUUGUGAUGCAAUGAUUGAAGAUGAUAUUGAGCACGAAGACUUUUGGCAAAAUAUAGGCAGGCAGCUUGAUGACGCUCUACUAGCGUCGAUACAAAAAACUGGAACAGCAUUCACCAUAUUUAUGCACAGCUUGCCUAAUUACAAUCGAGCCAUGGUGUUUGAAGUUAUUGAUAUUUUCAAAACCAAAGUACUGGAACCCUUGAUGACCAUCGCUUGUGAAGUAAUCACACCAGUUAUUCCAGAACAAGAGAGAGCAUCUACUUUGAACAACCUAAUGAAGAUUACGCAAGCUUUUGAUGCAGUAAACACUGAACACAAAUUUGUUAAGCUACUGAAGGAAGAAUGUCACUUUCAAGUGCCUGUGCUUGAUCAAGUCAAUAGUGAGCUGAUCCCUGUGGAAACUGAUGGCUGCGUUGAAUUGAUCGAAAAAUCAAAAUCAAACGUGUAUAUUGGAUUGGAGAGGUUUUUCUCCACUUUUUUCUCUAUUGAGGCAAAUAUCGAGGCACUAUUAGAUAAUCAUCAGCAAAUAAUCACUGCAUCUCCUGAAGACCUAAACGAUAAUUUCGUAAAGGGAAAGUUUUGGAAGCAAAAAACUGCAAAUAGGCCUGGUCAAAUUUGCAUACCAUACUUUAUUUUUGCUGAUUCUUUCGAAAUCAACAAUCCAUUAGGUUCGAAAGCGGGUAAGCAAGCUCUGACAGGAUUCUACUUAAAUUUUCCAAGUUUACCAAGGCAUAUUAAUGGCACAAUUGAGAAUAUGUUCCUGAUACAGUUCGUAUAUUCAGCCGUUGAAAAAUCAUUCUCCAACGAAGAAAUCUUGAAAACGUUGAUCCAAGAAAUUAUUCAUUUGGAAAAAACACCCUUGAAAAUUCGUGUGAAAGGAGAAGACAGGAGUGUUUAUUUUAUUUUUGGAGGACUGCGUGGAGACAACUUAGGAUUGAACAGCCUUUUGGACUACAGCAGAUCAUUCGUCGCAAAUCAUCCAUGCAGACCGCAGGCGAUGUCGAGAGAAGAAUAGCGCAGCGAAUGGAUUUCCUCCGGGCCAAGUUCGGAAACAUUCGGCUGCAACCGCAGAUUGUUGCAAUUGGUCCAUCACGUAAAGAGUCAGCGGUAAUGGUACUCUUCGGUGGAGCGGAGUAUAAGGCGGAUAACGUACUGCAUGCAAUUUGUAUUUGCAUGCAUGUUACUUACGUCUUGAGCCUGGAGUACACGCCGGAUUGCAAGCCACUAUGGCUGUUCAUUCAAACUUAUCUGUUUAAAAUAAAAGCCUCCAUCGUUGAGCUCCCCAAGAGCACGAGGGAUUUACUGCAAUCAAUUGAAUGAACCUAAAAAUACAGUGUUAUAAAUGUAUAACUUUAUAAAACAAAAAUAAAAUAAAUGAGAUAAAACAAAUAA